UCAGUUAAAAGCAGAGAAUCAUUUCCCAGUUUGGGGUUAGUAAAGUCAAUAAAAUAAAAAUAAGGGAUCUGACGGAAUUCAGAUUUGACACUGAAACAGAUUCUGGAGGUGGAUUUGAUAAUGGAUGACUAAUUAUAAAGCAAGAAUUCACAGAACAAAGCUUCUCUGUGGCUCCUGAGGAUCUGUCCACGGUGCACCUGUGAUUUCUUCAUGUUUAGUCCUUUUCUAGGUUGCUGCACGCUGUAUGUUUAGUUUUUAAAAAGAUUAAAGUUAUUUUACCUUUUGAUAUUAAUGUCAAAGAAAGUGCUGAUGCUCGGGAUGCUUCCUGUGCCCAUAUAUGGCAAUGGGCGUGUCCUCUGUGUCCGUCAGGAGUCCUCAGUGUCUCUGUUCCUCAGACCGACUCAACUUGAUUGUGCGUCUGUUGGCAGCAGCAGCAGCUCUUCAGGACAGAUGUGUGUGUCAAGGUGUCUGCAGUGUGUCGGCAUCUCUCUGGUUCCCAUGGCCGUCGUCUGCAUGCUGUCCAACACGCUGCUGCUGCUUCCUGAACUGAAGAUCCACUUCCUGUUGGAAGGUCAUGUGACCAGAGAGGCUACGUGGGCCACUGGUCUGUGGGGGUCCGGCUUCCUGGUUCUGCUUGGAGCUCGAGCGUUUGUGCGAAGCAGCAGAACCAGCGGCUGCUGUGCUGUCAGGACCGAGAUGUUGUGUCAGGGUGUGUACUCCUGUGUGUGUGUGUUGGCCGCUGGGACCUGCUGUCUGUUCAGUGCCACCGGUCUCUCUCGGGGUCCUCUCUGUCUACACAACACCACCUCCGGUCCGACCUGGGGGGUCCCGCUACGACCCCUCCCAGACCAUCACGCAGGGUAUCUGUAUAACAAGACUCUGUGGUCGGGGGUGUGCCUGGAGCCCAGAGGUGUGGUUCAGUGGAAUGUAGUUCUGUUCAGUUUGAUGGGGGCUGCCAGUGGGCUGCAGACCAUCCUCUGUGGAGCCAACAUCCUCAACUCACUGCUGGGACUGAUCCUAGGACAGGGCUUCUGCCACAAUAAGGUCAGUCCGGUUUCAGGCCAUCGUGGAUCCUGAACGAGGACACCAGCAGUGACAGAAAAUCCUCACAAAGUAAAGUUAUGAGAUGUUUUUUUGUGUUUUCAGAUCAAAGCUGUAAAGAGAACAAAAACCACUGACGCACUUUAGAUCACAAAUAACGAGAUAAAUCAUUUAAAAACUACUCAAACUGAACAAUGAACCAUGUUAACUGUUAAAGUUGUUCAUGUAUGUGAUAUUAAAAUAUUAUUCUAUUUAUUGUAUGUAUUUAUAUGUAUGGGGGCCCAUUGGUGCCAUUUAAUGGUCAGUUUACAAACUUAUACAACUAAUCAGUUCAUGAAUCAAUAAAAUAUGAAAUUUGGUCAAUAUAUGUUGUAAACUAUGCAGAAUUUUAAAAACAAAGUGUAUAUAUUAUCUAAAUAAAUGAACUG